AACCCCAACCUCGGAACAAAAACCGCGUAGUAUUUGUCGUAACCAGGAGCAUCCGAGUCAUUAAUUUACACCCAAACACAAAAAAUUAGCAGCACGCAGCCGCCUUCCCAAUCCUCUCCUCUUCUCCAAGCGGCAAUUCGCGCGAGGUUUUCUCCGAUCAAACCCUCGAAUCCCCCCCUCGCGAAUCCAUCGGAGGGUAGCCCCGCGAUCCGCGUCGGCGAGAGCGGAUUCCGAUUCCGCGAUGGAGCGGGUGUUCUCCGUGGAGGAGAUCUCCGACCCAUUCUGGGUCCCGCCUCCGCCGCCGCAGUCGGCGGCGGCGGCCCAGCAGCAGGGCGGCGGCGGCGUGGCUUCGGGAGGUGGUGGUGGUGUAGCGGGGGGCGGCGGCGGCGGGAACGCGAUGAACCGGUGCCCGUCGGAGUGGUACUUCCAGAAGUUUCUGGAGGAGGCGGUGCUCGAUAGCCCCGUCCCGAACCCUAGCCCGAGGGCCGAAGCGGGAGGGAUCAGGGGCGCAGGAGGGGUGGUGCCGGUCGAUGUUAAGCAGCCGCAGCUCUCGGCGGCGGCGGCGGCGGCGGCGACGACGAGCGCGGUGGUGGACCCCGUGGAGUACAACGCGAUGCUGAAGCAGAAGCUGGAGAAGGACCUCGCCGCGGUCGCCAUGUGGAGGGCCUCUGGCACAGUUCCACCUGAGCGUCCUGGAGCUGGUUCAUCCUUGCUGAAUGCAGAUGUUUCACACAUAGGCGCUCCUAAUUCCAUCGGAGGCAAUGCUACUCCAGUUCAAAACAUGCUAAGUGGCCCAAGUGGGGGAUCGGGCUCACAGUUGGUACAGAAUGUUGAUGUCCUUGUAAAGCAGCCCACCAGCUCUUCAUCAAGGGAGCAGUCAGAUGAUGAUGACAUGGAGGGAGAAGCUGAGACCACUGGAACUGCAAGACCUGCUGAUCAAAGAUUACAACGAAGGAAGCAAUCCAAUCGGGAGUCAGCCAGGCGCUCAAGAAGCAGAAAGGCAGCUCACUUGAAUGAGCUGGAGGCACAGGUAUCGCAAUUAAGAGUCGAGAACUCCUCGCUGUUAAGGCGUCUUGCUGAUGUUAACCAGAAGUACAAUGAUGCUGCUGUUGACAAUAGAGUGCUAAAAGCAGAUGUUGAGACCUUGAGAGCAAAGGUGAAGAUGGCAGAGGACUCGGUGAAGCGGGUGACAGGCAUGAACGCGUUGUUUCCCGCCGCUUCUGAUAUGUCAUCCCUCAGCAUGCCAUUCAACAGCUCCCCAUCUGAAGCAACGUCAGACGCUGCUGUUCCCAUCCAAGAUGACCCGAACAAUUACUUCGCUACUAACAACGACAUCGGAGGUAACAACAACUACAUGCCCGACAUACCUUCUUCGGCUCAGGAGGACGAGGACUUCGUCAAUGGCGCUCUGGCUGCCGGCAAGAUUGGCCGGACAGCCUCGCUGCAGCGGGUGGCGAGCCUGGAGCAUCUCCAGAAGAGGAUGUGCGGUGGGCCGGCUUCGUCUGGGUCGACGUCCUGAGACCGAAACCCAGAGCUGCUUCGGUUCUGAAAGACACUGCGAGCAGGAAAUGAUGAUUGGACAGGCGUAGACAUUGCUAAUGCUGUGAGGUUGAUGAUUGUUGGUCGUCGUCGUCGUCAUUGUGCAUUCUUUGUAAGGGACACCUCUUAGUACCCUCUUCUUCUAAGGGACUUAGUACCCCUUGUGGAUCUCAUCGUCCUAAAUACUAUACACAUUAGCCAAAUGUUCAUUGGUGUGAUGGCGUCGUCCCUAAUUUGAACGACUGAUUUCAGGCAGCUGCUAUGCUAUCAUUCAAUAAUACUUUGAUCGAUGCUUCCUUUUG